AAAACAUUUCUAAUCUCCCGCGCAUUUCCAACAGCGUCUCAUGCCAUUUAUGCCUGCGCUCCUUCACUCUCUGUGUGUUUCAGUUCUACCCUCCAUUUGCAUCUCCGCCAAUCUAAAGCCAAAUGCGGCGCCACCACCCUCAUUUGGCCACUACCUUUCCCGACGGCGCCAUCACCGCCUCCGACUUGUCUAAUAUCAAGCGCAGCAAAAGGCGCGGAAACUAUAAUUGUGGCCGCUGUGGUCUCCCCAAGAAAGGCCACUCCUGCAAUGGCGAAACCACAACCUUGACCGCUGACUCUUCUUCCAUCAUCGCCACUCCAUCUCCUUCCUUCCCCACCCCUACGUCACCGCGCGAGCCCUCCUCUCACCUCCGUCGCGCUCUCUCAUUCGACGAUAACGAGGUGAACCUUUCACCGCUAUCUGAUGAUGAGGGUUUCUCCGAUGGAUCGCCAGAGAUUAAUGUAGACAUCGGUGAUGUUCGGCUUCCUUGGAUAUGCCUUUGGGAGGUGUUGCGGAGAUUGCCGCCGGCAUCGUUGUUGUCGGCGGCGAAUGUUUGUACGGGGUGGAGGGACUGCACGAGGAAGCUCUGGCGGGCGGCAGAGGAGUUAAGGCUUAGAAUCCCUGCAAAAGCUCAAGUUGGGUUGGUUGGACCUGUGUUGCAAAAGUGUUCGGGGCUCGUUAGGCUCUCUCUUAGGAUCGAGAGUGACCUGGAUGCAACGAUGUUGGCUUGCAUUGCGUUCUCUUGUCCUAAUCUGGAAUCCUUAGCGGUCCGUACAUCUGACUGUGCUACCAAUCGGAUAUCAGGGGAUGAGUUAGGUCGUUUUGUUGCUGAUAAACGACGUCUUUCUAGCCUCAAGAUGGAAGGUUGCUCUAACCUUAGUGGUUUCAGUCUCUGUUCUUCAACUUUGUCUACUCUGUGGCUUUCAAAUCUUUUCUCUCUAUCUAAGAUGGUUUUUAACUGCCCAAAUUUGAAGGAACUUUCCUUGGAUUUUUCUCGCCAGGAGAAUGAUUGUACUGAUCUUGCUACCAUGGUGGACAGCCUCGGAAGGACCUGCCCGAGGUUGAAAAAUGUUCAUAUUGCAUCGCUUCGACUCUCUCAUGCUGUUGUGCUUGCUCUUACUGCUGCAAACUUGAGGAAUCUGCGCAUGCUCUCUCUUGUACUUGGUUCAGAAAUCAGUGACGCCUCUGUAGCUGCCAUUGCUUCAAGCUAUGACAGUCUAGAAUUGCUUGAUUUGAGUGGGUCUAGCAUCAGUGACAGUGGCAUUGGGAUUAUCUGCAAUGUGUUCCCCGAAACUCUAUCAAGAUUUCUCCUCGCGUUUUGUCCUAAUAUUACCUCAAGUGGAAUCCAAUUUGCGGCAGCACAAUUGCCCCUCUUGGAACUCAUGGACUGUGGGAUGACUAUAUGUGAUCCCGGUUCUCAAACUCUAAACUCUGCAUAUGGGUCUGAUUAUGCUAACAAUAGUUGUGAACCCAACCAUCCACAGAGAACACCCAACAGCAAGCUUCCCCAUAUUUUCCAGAAGCUGAUAAUAAAACAUGGACGGUUGAAGAAACUCAGCCUUUGGGGUUGUUCUGGUUUAGAUGCCUUAUAUCUCAACUGCCAAGAGCUUAAUGAUCUGAAUCUAAAUUCCUGUACAAACUUGCUUCCUGAGAAAUUGUUACUUCAGUGUCCGAGUUUGCGGAGUGUACAUGCUUUGGGAUGCCAAGAGAUGCUGAUUGGAGCAAUUCAGAACCAGGUGUAUAAAGAGUCUGUUGAUGAGGACUAUUUUCCAUGCAAACGCUUGGCAGCAAGUGGUUCUAAGAGGGUCCGAGUUCCACAUUUAUUUACUCCACAGCUGGUUAAUGAGAAGACAAGGAAGGUUUUGAGACCACGAUGUGCGGUGCUCCUGGACUAACCAGCAUUACCCCCCCCCCCCCCAAUGUCUAGUCUUUUAGGGCUUGUGCCCCCGAAAUAUUUGAAUAGCUUGUAACCAAUUUAGGCUGAUGUCCAAAGUGAAAUCUAUAAAGAAUGUUCACCUUAUAGUUUGCCCUGGAUCAAUGCCAAAAUUUUUAGCGAAUAAAAAAGAAAAUAUCAUUUUCAUUC